AUGCUCUUUGCGCUGCGGUCAUCUCUCAACUUCACUUUAUACCUUGAUAAAUCUGAGGUCGAAAUUCCCAAAAUGCGUUGUCUUCUUGCGCUGCUAGCUAUACGAGCUAUUUUCGGACUUGCUGAAACUUGCGAUCCCCAAGCCUACGAGGAUGGCAAUCCAUACGGCUUGGAAGAAACCAACGAUCCAAAUGUAAUGUCAAAGUUGAACGAGUAUCUAGUCGACAAUCUAUGCAUCAAGUAUUCCGACGGAACCGAGCAGAAUAUCAAAGAACAAUGCAAAGACGUCUGCAUUCCGAGCCAAAGUGCAAGCGAAGGCCAAGCUGUCGUAUCAUCUCAUAGUUGUAUCUUUGGCGACAAUCCUUGGUACGAUACAAGCAACAUGACACCUCUUCUGUGUGGCGCCGACGAGGCAUUGAAAGAAUUCGCUGGUGAGUUCUUCAUUGAGGGACUGAUCGAGGCAGGCAAGAUCUUGGAGAAGGUCAUAUGUCCAGCUCUGAAAGCUCUCGAUGUUGUCGUAGCUAUAGGCAUGGCAGCAAUUCCCCCUCCGGGCCACGUUAUCACGGGCGGAAUGGUUGCGGCUGUUCGAUCGGCAAAAGCAUACAAAUACGCACACGAAGCACAAGACGCUGCUCAAGAAUGGGCCGACUUUUUCCUUAGUGGGGCAAAUUUCGCAGAACAGGCAGGAUGUGGACCACUAAUACCUACCAAGAACAAUCUGAUAAAGAAGGCUUUCACACCCCUGGUCGAUGCACCAGACGAGCUUGUACCAGGAGGGAUGAAUUACGAAGACCUACCGUGUCCCAAAAGAGGUUGUAAGGGCUGCAAAGGCCCAAAAUGCACGAAUGGAAGCGGCAACGAAGGCGGCGAUGCUUCCAAAACUAACAUCCAACCUGCUCCGACCACUGGCAGUACAGUUCCCCCGCAGGUCACUACAAUUGUGUCGAAGACUUCGUCUGGUUCCCUGCUGUCUACCGCGGCUGUGUCGUCAAUCAUCUCCUCUUCUUCAUCUAUGUCUUCGAUAGCAACACCUUCCCUGUCCUGUCAAGACCUCGCUACGCUGGACAGGGACGAGGAGAUCGUGGAGCCAGAGGUUCUUAGGCGAAGUUAUCCAAUUGAUCUAACAUAUCAUAGGCUGUAUAAGCGUGAGCCAAAGAAAGGAAAGCCUUGCGAACAGUCUUUGAACAGUUUCAAUUAUCCGAGCACUUCGGAAUGGGGAGAUCACCCACCGACGAGAUAUGGCUUCAACAAACGAAACUCAUGCGAUGACUAUAGUUUCGACAAUCCAGACGACGAUGGAAGCGUUGAUUAUCAGACUGAGCACGUUCUGGAAUGGCAAACUGUUUGGCGCUUCUUUGAUGAGAUGGAUGGAUUGAUCACGACCAAGUUUAGUCAUCCUCAGCCCGGCAAUACUGCUAAGCUCAGCUUUUGUGAAUACUGGACAGAGUCCUGGUUAGUGAGUUCAGUGCACAAGGACAUCCCAGAGCCACUCAUGGAAGGUCCUUCUUCCGAUCCUGCUGCGACCCCAGAUCCUGCUGCAACCCCAGAUUCUGUUGUCACUCCAAAUCCUGCUGCCACUCCAGAUUCGAAGUCCACUCCUGAUGCGGCAGCGACUUCUGAUCCAGCGGCGACCCCUGGCCCACAGACGAAGAAACUUCCUCCGCGUGGUUGGCUCGCAAGUCAAUAUACAUAUCGGCAAAGUGGAAAGGAAAUGUGGCUAGAUGAAAUGACAUUAUUGGAGAGCAACCUCAACGGAAGAGUUAAAGGCAUUUUGUUCAACCAGAAGAGAACUAAGAACGGGCUUUAUAUACAGAUUCGCGACAAGAAAAAGAUGAAAGAACUGAUAGAGGGGCGAACAAAGGAAAAAGAUCUCAAAAAUCUGAACCUGAGUCCUGGAGAUCAAACCCGCAUAGCGAUCCAGCGGUUACGGGAGACGAUUGGAGCUCUCAAAUACAUGCAGGAUAAGAAGAUCUCAAAGAUAUUUGUCGACCAGAAGAACAGAAUGGGAGCGAUGAUUGGGCAUAUCGAUCGAGAGCUGCACAAGACACCCCGAGUGUAUAAGGGUGACGUAGAGGGUCAUCCGUGGCAGGAACAAAAACUCGAAGAGAAAUGGAAUGCCUACAUGGACAACGUCUUUUCCGUGGCAAAGCAAAGAGCUACAGAUUACAUGAAACUCAAUAUUGGUGUUUUGAAAGAUGAGUGGAACUCUGACAAGAAGAAGAACGAGUUCAAGGCCGAUUCGAACGAUGAUCAGGCGAAGAAGGACAAAAAGAAAGGACUAAAGAAGACCCAAGAAGAAACCCUGGCUCUUAUCAAAAAACUAAGCGACGAGUGGGACAAGGUCAACGACUGGCAAAAGCCAGAGAACUGGUAG